UAAAAUGUUCUUCUGCUUCCAUCCCCACACCCCAGGAAAGGAGAGAGAGAAGAGAGUGACCAAGAGCCAGAGGAAAGGAGUGAGAUUAAAAAAAAUAAAAGAGAGUGAAUUUAUAUACUCUCUCUACUCUUUCAUCACUAUUUGUUUCCAGAUUGCACGACGUACUUACAUCCAUCUUCAUUCAAACUUCUGAAGAAAAGUGCUUUCAGAAUCAGCAAAAACAAUGGGCGAAGAGAAGAAAGAGGAAGAGAAGAAGGAAGAAAGCAAAGAUGAAAAGAAGGAAGAAAAGAAAGAAGAGCCUCCGGAGAUUGUACUCAAGGUCGAUAUGCAUUGUGAAGCUUGCGCAAGGAAAGUUGCUCGAGCCUUGAAGGGUUUUGAAGGAGUGGAGGAUGUAACGACAGACAGCAAGGCGAGUAAGGUGGUGGUGAAAGGGAAGGCGGCAGACCCCAUAAGGGUCUGCGAAAGAUUACAACAGAAGAGCGGCAAAAAAGUAGAGCUCAUUUCACCUUUGCCUAAACCUCCCGAGGAGAAGGAGGAAGAACAAGUUAAGGAAGCCGACAAGGAAGCGAAAACAGAGGAGCCUCCUGCUGUUGUUUCAGUGGUAUUGCAAGUUCGGAUGCACUGCGAUGUAUGCGCCCAAGGUCUACAGAAGCGAAUUCGAAAGAUCCAAGGUGUGGAGUCAGUGGAAACAGACGUAGGCAACAACAAGGUUGUAGUAAAAGGCGUGAUGGACCCGGCGAAGCUUGCGGAGGAUGUGUAUAAAAAAACCAGGAAGCACGUUUCUGUUGUGAAGGAGGAUGAGAAAAAAGAAGAAAAGAAAGAAGACGAGAACAAGAAGGAAGGAGAAAAGAAAGAAGGGGAGGAAGACAAGCAGGGAGAGGACAAUAAGGUCGAUAUAAAGCGAAGCGAUUAUUGGCCAACAAAGUACUACUCAGAAUAUUCAUCGUAUCCCCACCAUCAGAUUUUCAGCGAUGAAAACCCUAAUGCAUGCUCUGUUAUGUGACUGUUAUAUGUGCAGGCGGUAAGACGCCUUCAUGCAUGCCUAUAUAUAUAUAUAUAUAUAUAUAUGCAACUUAAGAAAUGUUACUCUUACCACAUUUUUCAUAUCAUAUUUGUAUCAUUGUUCUAAUAAAGAUGUGACCCAUAUAUCUUUGUGACUUUAUCUUUAUUAGAAAGUAUCAAUAUAGUAUGGAAAAUGUGAUAAGUGUAAUAUCAAUCAGCAAUUUUCUAUGUACAUGUAGUAAUUAAUACGACUAUUAAUGAUUGCAACUUAUCUAUUAAUUAAUAGUGUAUGCAUGCCAUCUUGGGCAUCAAUCCUAUAUAUGUAAGUUUACGUUGGUCGAA